CCGCGCCCUGCCCGGCCUCGCAGCCCCGGUGCCCUCUCCAAGCCUGCCAGCCCCUCUGCUCUUCCCUACCCUGGCCCUCUGCUCCUCGCAGGCCUUGUCCCCCUUCAGUCCCUAACGCCCGGUCCUCUCGCUGCGAAAGCUGUCGCCGUCGCCACCACCUCCUGGAGUUCUUUCCUCUUGGGCCUCAGCGUUUGUCGGGCCACCUCCCGUCCGACCCUCUGGUCGCCUGUCAGUCACUCAUUGCCAGGCAGAUGUUGGAACAGGCAGACUGAGCACUUGGGACUGCGGGAACCGGCUGGCGGGGACACUAGGGGGAGGAGAAGUGCAGAAGUAGUGGACUUGGGAGCAAGGUCAGGUUUCUGGAAUUUUUUUUUUUCACUUGCUGCCUUCACUGCUACUGUGCAUGGGCAUUAAGAGAAAGCGUCGGCUUGCUUGACUCGAGUUGGGAAGACAUCACUGAUUAUGUCGCUGGUCAGUGAAGAAUUUCCGGAAGAGGUUCCUCCCCGAGCAGAAGAAAUCACCAUUCCAGCUGAUGUCACCCCUGAAAGAGUUCCAACGCACAUUGUCGAUUAUUCAGAAGCAGAACAGAGUGAUGAACAACUUCAUCAAGAAAUAUCACAGGCUAAUGUCAUCUGCAUAGUUUAUGCUGUUAACAACAAGCAUUCUAUUGAUAAGGUAACAAGCCGAUGGAUUCCUCUCAUAAAUGAAAGAACAGACAAAGACAGCAGGCUGCCUUUGAUAUUGGUUGGGAACAAAUCUGAUCUGGUGGAAUAUAGUAGUAUGGAGACCAUCCUUCCAAUCAUGAACCAGUAUACAGAGAUAGAGACCUGUGUGGAGUGUUCAGCAAAAAACCUAAAGAAUAUAUCAGAGCUGUUUUAUUAUGCACAGAAAGCUGUCCUUCAUCCUACAGGGCCUCUAUACUGCCCAGAGGAGAAAGAGAUGAAACCGGCUUGUAUAAAGGCCCUCACUCGUAUAUUUAAAAUCUCUGAUCAGGAUAAUGACGGCACUCUGAACGAUGCUGAGCUCAACUUCUUUCAGAGAAUUUGUUUCAACACUCCUUUAGCUCCGCAAGCGCUGGAAGAUGUCAAGAAUGUGGUUAGAAAGCACUUAAGUGACGGUGUGGCUGACAGUGGGCUGACGCUCAGAGGUUUUCUCUUUUUACAUACACUUUUUAUCCAGAGGGGGAGGCAUGAGACUACUUGGACUGUGCUCCGACGAUUUGGUUAUGACGAUGACCUGGAUCUGACGCCUGAGUAUUUAUUCCCCCUGCUAAAAAUACCUCCUGAUUGCACUACUGAAUUAAAUCAUCAUGCAUAUUUGUUUCUCCAGAGCACCUUUGACAAACAUGAUUUGGACAGAGACUGUGCUUUGUCUCCUGAUGAACUUAAAGAUUUAUUUCAAGUUUUUCCUUACAUACCUUGGGGACCAGAUGUAAAUAACACAGUUUGCACAAAUGAAAGAGGCUGGAUAACCUAUCAGGGGUUCCUCUCCCAGUGGACGCUCACCACCUACUUAGAUGUGCAGCGUUGCCUGGAGUAUUUGGGAUAUCUAGGCUAUUCCAUACUGACAGAACAAGAGUCUCAAGCUUCGGCCAUUACAGUAACAAGGGAUAAAAAGAUUGACCUGCAGAAAAAACAAACUCAAAGAAAUGUGUUCAGGUGUAAUGUAAUUGGAGUGAAAGGCUGUGGGAAAACCGGAGUUCUUCAGUCUCUCCUUGGAAGAAACCUAAUGAGGCAGAAGAAAAUUCGUGAUGAUCAUAAGUCCUAUUAUGCAAUUAACACUGUCUAUGUAUAUGGACAAGAGAAAUACUUGUUGCUGCACGAUAUCUCAGAGUCGGAAUUUCUAACUGAGGCUGAGACCAUCUGUGAUGUUGUAUGCCUGGUAUAUGAUGUCACCAAUCCCAAAUCCUUUGAAUACUGUGCCAGGAUUUUUAAGCAACAUUUUAUGGACAGCAGAAUUCCCUGCUUAAUUGUAGCUGCAAAGUCAGACCUGCAUGAAGUCAAACAGGAACAUAGUAUCUCACCUACUGAUUUCUGCAGGAAACACAAAAUGCCUCCACCUCAAGCCUUCACUUGCAAUACUGCUGAUGCUCCCAGUAAGGAUAUCUUUGUUAAGUUGACAACAAUGGCCAUGUAUCCAGAGGAUCAUUACAGAGGCAGCCUCUCCCGAGACAUGGGCAGCACUGAUAGAAUAGAGAAUUUGAGAAAAAUCUGGGUCUUUCUAAAAACUGCUUUCCAUGCCCGGUUACGCUGCAUGUGCACCUGCAACAGGUGUACAUUUUGCAUCUGUCAGAACUUCCUCAACUCAGACUUGCUGCAAUCUGUAAAGAACAAAAUCUUCACUGCAGUUCUUAACAGGUUAAAAGCCCGGGUAGCUGAGUGGGGUGCCAUGCUGUUAGCAGACGACGAAGGCAGUAUUACUCACCAGGUGCACGCCGUCAGCUCCAUAGAAGAUUCCAUCUUCAUGGAGUCAUCUCACGGUCAGCUUUUUCUUGAUGACAGGCACGUGACACAAGCUGACCUCAAGAGCUCAACGUUCUGGCUUCGCGCAAGCUUUGGUGCUACUGUCUUUGCAGUUGUGGGCUUUGCUAUGUACAAAGCACUACUGAAACAGCGAUGAUUAAGGAAAGCACCGGCCUACCAAAACACAUACUUCUAAUGUACAUUCUGAAUGCUUUAAAUUCUGCUAGAAUAUUGAGAUAUUUAUACAUGCAGAGUUACUUUAUUAAUAUUUGUAAUUCAUGCAUAAGAGUAUUUUACUCAUAGUAAUGACUGCAGUAUUGACUGGCAUGUGGAAAGAAAACAUCUUAGUAGCCAAAUAUAAGUGGCUAAAUUUCAGAGGCCAAAAGGGAAUAUUUUGUAAAUAAUGUACAUAUUCAAGCAAGAUACGGUCUCCUGAACUGACUUCUAGAAAUGGUGUUUCCAGACAUUUCUACAGUAGUGUUCUAGUGUUCACUUGGCUCACCCUGCUAGGUUUCAGUCACCCAGAGAUUGUGUUUACUCAGGCAUCACGUAUUUAUUUCAAGGUGACUCAGAACGAUCCUUUGGCUUCUGUAGCCGUUUCUCUCCAUUUUUAAGAUCACACAGGAGACAAGGUCAGCUUUCCAAAACCACUCUGUUUCCGUCACUUACGGUAGGCCGGCUUCAAAGCCAUCAUGAAACCUAGAAAGUUGUGGAGCUGAGUAUGUGGCUGAGGGCCUGAGGCAGGAGCAGGUGGCGGAGGUUACCUGUGUCACCACAUUGCUUCUUUGUCAGAGUGUGGAUUUUAUAGCCCUUUCAAUCAAACGGGGAAAACAGUUUGUAUAUUAUCAAUGUUUUUAGUUACAAUAAAGAAGCCGCCCUGACCACUGCUGAAUCCCACCUGAAGUGAAACCGUCCUCGAAUGGCCGUGUCUGUGUAGUUAUUGCCGUAGCUGCAUGUGUCAUGAUGUGUUCUGUAUCUGGCCAGGAUAACCUAGAGGCAACACUUUUUUAAUGGUAAAAUAAAUCUAAUGAAUAUAAACUCUCACAAUAAACCUAUUUUUUCCAUCA